AUGCUGUUAGAGUCGCCUCCUCCAUCCAAGGAACCGUUUCUGUGUCAUUCACCGACUAGGUCUAAGACCUACCAAGCAACCUUCUCGGCAACGCGGAUGACGAGGAUACCACGAAGAAGAUCGUCAGGCAUUUAUCCACCCGGAUUCCAAGUAAUGAGACCGCGACUUGUCACAGCCAGCAAUACGCCUGUUGACGAUAUUGAGAAGAGCAGCUCGAUCUAUCAGUACUCCAAGAAGAAAACCUACUUUGAACAGUGCUUCAAAAUUAUCCGCCAACUCGGAAGGGGUGUAUUCGGAGAGGCCCUCGAAGUAGAAAGUUUGGAAGACGGUAAACGAUACGCCAUCAAACGAGCACUUCAUACAUUUGAAAGUUCUGGAGAUCGGCGGCAGAAAGUUCAUGAAGCCAUGUUGCACGAAUCAAUCCCGGCACAUCGAAAUAUUGUACGAUAUGAAAAAGCAUGGGAGGAGAGAGGCAGACUUUACAUUCAGACGGAGCUCUGCAGAUCCAAUCUGGCUGAUUAUCGACGAUGUUUCGGUAUCCUAAGGAUGAACGAGCUCUAUACCGUGUUGCUUGAUGUAUUACAGGCAGUCAACCAUAUGCACUCGAUGGGCCUACUUCAUAUGGACGUCAAACCGUCGAAUAUCUUCAUCUCUACUGAGGGUACUUCAUGUAAGUUAGGCGAUUUUGGCUUAGCAUUCAAUCUAAACGAGGACUCUAUGGAUUCUGCCCAGGAAGGCGAUAAGUACUACAUGGCCCCGGAAAUUCUCAACAAUCCUCCUACAACCGCAGCCGAUGUCUACAGCCUGGGAAUUACCCUUUUGGAACUAUCGACAAAUGUGGAUCUAGAAAACGACAAAGAACUUAUAAGGAAUGGUAAAGUUCCAAAUGCUUUGUUUGGAGAAAUCGACCGGAAUCUGAUUGAUAUAAUCAAGUCAAUGUUGGAACCGAACCCACUCAAACGUCCCUCUACAACGGAACUUCUGGAAGCUUUGCGACCACUCCAACUAUACACUGCUUCCUUCAGAAAAAUGGAGGUUCCAAGAAUGAAUCGUCACCUUGGCACCGAAGACAAGGAUUGGGAUAUCGAUUCAGAAGAAGGUUAG